ACAUGUAGCUUUAAUACAUCACCGUCAGUUUGUGGUCCUUUAUGUAUAUUUAUUUGUACCUGACAAUUUUUUUGAGUCCUUGCGAUAGGUGCGAUGUAAGCCGCACGGGCUGGCAUCCCUUGCUUUUUAUUACCACUAAAAAUAAUGCAUUCCCAUUUAUUGAAAUAUAUGUAUCUAUGAUUCACAUAAAAUCACCUAGUAUCAGGUAGGUCACGAGCUGUAGUUCAAAGUAAUAUAUAAAUGUUUAUGUAAUUUAUAAAUUAAUAUAUGUCGUGAAUAAACAUUGAAAUACCGAAACCAGAAAUCAAACCGAAAUUCGUUGUUUGUGAGUUUUUGUAAGUGUAUCUAUGCCAAUAUGGAAAGAUAUAGGCAGAGAGCUAUACUUUUUAUUUACGAUUUUAGACGAAAGUGUAUUGACUGAUUGACAUUAUUUAAAAAAAAAACGUGUGAAUGCCGGACAACGUAUAUUGAAGGGCGCCGUAGUUAGAAUGUUGAAUGAAUUUUAAGUUUCAUAAUUAUUUUAUCUCGUAUCAAACUAAUUAACGUUGAAAGUUUUGUAAGCUCCGUAUUCUCCAAUUUCGUCAGAACCAUCCAAGUUGCAAUAUUGUGGAAUAGUUUAUAUACAAUAGUUUUUUUUUGUAAAUAUAUGUAUAUGCUAUUUGUAUUGUAAGCUUGAUGGUUCCGUAUUUAUGUCGCGAAGCACUCAUACAUUUCGGUUUGGGGAUUGGGUCAUCUAUCAUUCAAGGCAUUUGUGAUUUCGACCUCGUGUUUUAAGCUUUACCUGGCACAGUUCGGGAACAAAUAUGGACCGCAAACUAUUUAGUAUUAUUAAAUGAAACCCUGAAUCACGAUGGAGGGGUUUCUACACCAUAUGGCGCCGCAGUUUUUGCAUCCUGCACUACAGAGCUUCGGAUGUGGCGCUUUCCGGCCUAUUGGGGGUGCUUUCCACCCUCUGUACCCGGGCAAAGCCUUCGCUAGACAUCUCGGAGAGCAAUACGCGCUCGGCCAAAGCGUCGGACAAGCACUAAGGAGCGUACGCGACGACACGAGUACUCCGCCGCUGUACCGACACAGUUACACGGCGCGCGACGACACAAGCUCGCCCGGUUCCGCCGCCUCCGCCUCCCCGAGGCCCUGCAAGGAUGACGAGACACCGGCCGCGGCCACAUGCACCGACUCGCAUGAUUUCUUUUCGCCCGACGGUGAACGCAAAUCGUCUUGUGGGGUAUGCGGCGCGCGACUCGGUCCCGGCGUGGCUCAGGCGCACUUCCUGCAGGAGCUACAGCAUUUGUACAGCCUGAGCGCUCUGCCGCGGGAGACGUUGCCGCCCUCCCACGCACUUCAACACCAGGACGAGGAUGCGCGGUGGGAGACAUACCAGCGUAUUCGUGCAAAUCGGCAGCGUCGCCUCAAGCUACGUACGAGGAAACGACACCACACAGUGGAGAGUAUGCUUGGAUACGACUUAGAAGAGGAACGUCGGGAGGAGAGGCCACGCGAAUCUCGACCUUAUGAUGCCGAAGAUGAACCAGUAGACGUUGAAGGAGACUCGCUGGGCUGGCCUGAGGCGGCCAUCAAUGUUGACGAUAAAGAACAACGUCCCGACAGCGACAAGUUGCAUAUGAACUACGUUGAGGAUCUCGAAAUAUCGAGCACAAACGACGCCAUGCAGUCACCAGAACGCGUGAGGAUCGAAACUCCGAAGCCGUUGGCGUUGGAGUGCACCAAGACGUGUGAGGGCCUCGAGCGUCCGGCCGAGGUGACCACGUCCGAGCCGUGGCCGACGACCGCGACUACUGCUGCUACGGCCACAGACGCUUGGCCGACCCUCGCCGCCGAAGCGUACAUUCAGGCUACGCGCCACAAGAUUGACGGAGAAAACAUCCCGUCCUCCACAGACUCUCGCAACUAAUCGACACUUUGUCUUUUUUUUCGUCUGCCUACAAGGGCAAUAAAAAAAAAAGUUGGGCAGCGGCUUGGCUCUGCCCCUGGCAUUGCUGAAGUCCAUAGGCGACGGUAAUCACCAGUGGUCGUUGUGGGUAGAUUGAUUUAUAUACUUGCGUCAAGAUAUUAUAAUAUGGACAUGCCAUUUUAUCCAUAAUGAUAAUUUUUGUAAAUUGAAAAAAAAAAAAAUUAAUCCUCAUGGGAUACAAUUUCUAUAUUUAUGAGAUAAAGUAACAAAAAGCCCUGUCUAAGUUUUGUCUCACACGGACAAGCGUCAUUUCUAAUUCAACAGAAAGGGACAAAAUACGGUGUAACUAUUCCAAGGUGUUUUUGUAUAAAAUAAAAUAUCAAAAAUCACCAUUAGCUAGCACUGGUAGCGUAGAUUAAUAUUAUUAAUACGUUUUUCACCUUAAACACAGAUUCAUGCUAAUUUCAACAUUCCGGAACACAAUAAAUAUGAAGUUCCGGUAUUUUGGAAGCAUAUCCAUAUUAUUCUCUACGUUUGACGUCAACGACAUUAAAUCAAUCUACCUACUCCGACCUCUAGUAAUCACUCACCAUCAGGUGGGCCGUGUGCUCGUCUGCCUACAAGGGCAACAAAAAAAAACAUGGCGCCAUAUUUUCUUUGACGUCAAACGAACUAUACUUAGUCACAGGUGGUAGGACGUCUUGUGAGCCCGCACGGACAGACACCACCACCCUGACUAUUUCUGCCGCGAAGCAGCGAUGCCUUACGGUUUGAAGAAUACAGCAGACGUUGUACUAACAAACUUUUUUUUUAUUGCUUAGAUGGGUGGACGAGCUCACACCCCACCUGGUGUUAAGUGGUUACCGGAGCCCAUAGACAUCUACAACGUAAACGCGCCAUCCACCCUGAGGUAUGAGUUCUAAGGUCUCAGUAUAGUUACAACGGCUGCCCUGCCCUGAGACUUAGAACCCAUGUCUCGAAGUUGGUGGCAGCAUUUACGUAGGGUGACCACUGAACAUCAAAUCGGAAUUGAGCUCGCACACAGUUAGUUUGAAACGAAAAAAAAAAGAACUUGAUUCUUAUUUCUCGAGAUUAGAAAGUCGAAAAGAGGUCUGUUAACAAAACUUUCAACUAUCAUUUUUAAAUGUGAUUGUGCUUCUAAUGUCACAAAUACACACAAAAGUGAUGUAUGAAAAUAGUGGUUAUUAGCAGAUGUUCCGAUUUCGAGAUUUAAUGAUAAUAAUUUGCAGGAGCCAAGGAAUCUAUUGGUUUUUACUAAACUGUCUUCAGAGCUUGCGAUGUAUUUCUUGUGUCAACGAAUCUAAAUAAAUAAUGCGAACGAAAGCCUGCCCAUGUGUAUAGUUUAAAAAGUUUGGUGUUUUGUUUUGGUUUUACGAAGACUACUCGUAAUUUUUUACCAUACUUUACGAAAAAAAAAAUUAUGAUAAUCUUACAAUAUACUCCGUAAUGUAAUUUAGAUUUUUUAUAAUUAGAUUUUGUGCAAUAUAAUUAUGUAACAUAUUAUGUAUUCACACACAAAGAUACAAACAAAUAUUCUCUAUUCAUAUCGCACACUGCUUUGUAUUAUUAAAAUUUAUUAUAUCAUAUUAUAAACUAAUUAUUACGUACUGAGUUCUAGUAUUAAAUACUAACUAGUAUAUUGUUUAUCCAAUAAUUUUUUUUGAUAUUAGGUAAUAAAAAAAACCUUGUUAAUUUUCUUGUACAAAGCGAUCCUAUUAUAAAUUAUAUUUAAUAUUGUUAAUCAUUGUAGUGUAAUAGUUUUAAGUAAACUGUCUAGUUUUAAAUAUUUAUGAAAAUACAAAAAAAAAGCGUUUCUAUAGAAUAUGCAUGUUUAGUUACGUGCUCAGUAGAAUUUUAGCUUGGCUUGAAUAAAAACGUAGAAAAAAAAAACAA